UCUCGACUCGUUCCAGGCGCUCGAAAUUGCCGUUGAUCAGUGACGCGAGGGGGAGUCAUCCACCAUGCAACAUCUUACUUUAGGGACGUCGGUUUUCAUUGUCGUCAUGACAGGCGAGCGCACGCAGUGAGAGAGAGAGCUAGUAGAGAGUAGAUUCUAGCUCAGUAUGAAACGAGAGAAAAACAAGUGGCUCACAUCACCGAUCAGUAUCGAUGUUUGGAAGAUGUAGCACGUUCUUUAAACGUACGGGUAAUUUAGGAAGAAAUGAAAACAUAUUAAGUGGGCGCAUGAAUGCUACCAGGUUAAGGUAUGUAGCCGGCCGUUCCGAAGUUAUUCCCGAUGCAUUGAAGUUCAAUUCCGUUCUAUUAGUCAAGACAGGCUCUUUGACCUUUCUGUCAAGGAGGAGUAUGCUCCGCACCGUGCGUGCGUUCCGGAGUUUGCCAGCCAAUUUCCUUCAGAGCGGACUUCUCGUUCCGCUCAUUGCGCGACUGACGGAUACUGUGGAAACAGAAGUGUCAGUUCUUCGCCCAUCAUUACAGUCGCCAGCGGCUGUCCUCGACCAGGCCGUUGACGCACUUACAUUCGUUGAUGUAGUACUCUAUGUGGUGAGUCAUUCAGUCCGAAACAUGGUGAGAACUGCAAUGCGGCGCUAUAUCAUAUACGAAGAACGUAUAACAAACCACAUGACCCCAGGCUAUUAUUGCCUGGGGAAGGCUGGCUCGCAGGCGUUUAAAGAUAAGCCUUGCUAGAUGUCGAUACAGCGAUGCGUGCUUCCACUCUACUCCAGAGUGCUAGUGACUCGGACGUGUGAGAAGGCAGCC